ACCGAUCUAAUCUGUAGGGAUGAGGAAGAAGUUGUAAUUCUACACAGAGAGUUUUACUGCGGGACCUUCCAAGAGCAGAAAUGAUUGCCACUUCUUCUUUGGCUCCAUAUUCCUACCAACAAUAUUCAGUGACAUGAAACUCAAUUCUGACACAGAACGUGUCUGGUGAUAGAGAAAAUUAAUUGUCUUGGGUAUUUCUUACAGACCUUCUUCUCUAGCUGAAUUCUGUUGGGAGGAAGUAUUUUAUGAGAGAGAAGUGUGGGGACCGGAGUAACUCAUCUGGAAGGUUUGAGGUGGUGGUUAAAUUCCAGGAAGGUUCCACUGAGUGGAGAGCAGAGUAUAUGAUUCCCUGAGACCUUCAGUUAUCACCACCUAGCACUAGCAUAGUGAUGUUUUAGUGUACUUUAAUCUGAAACCACUAGAAAGUGAUGUGUUGUUAAAUGUACACUAAGGUUUUUCGUUAUCCUCCCCCAACAAAAUACAGGAUUUAUUUCCUUCUGAUAAUGCUUCUAAAAAGUGGUUGUUGUUUUUUUUUUUUCUUAUCACUGCAAGCUGCAGAAGCCAGUUCAUAGUAUCAGGCUUUGUGAAACUAAGUUUCACACAGCUUUCUUCUAGCAAUGGCUGGUGAUAACAGCCAAGUAAAUAGUGUCAAACGUGACUAAACACUUGUGUAGAGUUGUGGAUAAUUCCUUUUCUUGAUCCUUACUGAACUACAGGCUACCUUUAUCUAAAAACCAGCUGUCAACCAUAUUAAGGGCAAAAUUUCAACUUGUAGUGAAAGUUCCAUCUGAGAUAAACACAUUUGGUAACUACAGUGGUUAGAAAACAGAAAGGCAGCGUCAGGAAAGCAGAUGUUUUUGUCACGACUUCCAGGGGCCUCUGAUGCCGUCGGUUUGCGACAUUGUCUUAAGUGCGACACUUGAUCAUUUUUUUGUGUUUUCGUUUUUGUUUAGCACUGCUUUGUCCAGAUGUGCUCUUCUCUUUCUGGGUCCAUCCUAACUUCCUGCUCAUCUGUUUCCCUUUUAAUGCCUCUUCCGUUCACAUCCCAAAUUAUAUCUCUUAUCCUGCAUUGCUCAAUUCCUUUGUAGAUACUUCUGACAAUUCAUUGAUGCUCUACAUUGUCAAUGUUGAAAGAAAUGGAAAAAUUAUUUAUACCUGGAAGGGAAAACAGAGAAGUACUCACAUUGGAUUGUAUGAUCUUCAAACUAAACAAAAUGAGCACCUCUAUAUGUUUGAGAAGGAUCUACACAUAAUCAGUUGUUCAGUCAACAAUGAAAGGACAUUAUUGGCGGUCAGCUUCCGUCAAUAUACAGAAGAAGAAAGAGUAAGUCAGCUGUUACAGUCAGUAUCCAAGUAUUUAACCUUGCUAAUUGAAAUUCAUCCCAUUAAUAAUGUGAGAGUCCUGAAGGCUGUGGAUAGCUGUGUUCGAGUGCAGUUUCUUUAUCCAGUUGAAGGCAGAAAUACUUCUACAGAAAGUCGCCUCUUGCUAGUUUCAGAAGAUAAAUAUAUCGAACAAUUUGACAUUCAUGUUGUUGCAGAAGAAGAACACAAAGUGGUGAUUCAAAACUCAGAUCAGCUUCCAAGAGCCAGAGUUGUAGAUGAUCUCAUUUGGGCACAAUGGGAUAUGGUGGAACAAAGGCUCUUCUACAUUGUUCCAAAGGAAUCAAGGAGUACUUUAAAAUGUGUCCAGUUUUAUCCUGAUGAAAAUUUUAACUCAAUACUGGAAUCACACCUGGAUAUUUCUGUAAAUGACACACAAUUACAACUUGUGAAUUUUGGAUAUGACUACUGUAAAGACCAAGAUGUUGUAUCUAAAUCUUUGAAUCUUCAGGUUUUUACAAGUAAAGCAGGAGGCUUGUGUGUGUGUUGUAGUCCAGCCUCUGAUAUUCCUGAUGAAAUAACAUACUCCGUGUAUUUCUUACAUAAAGGUUACAACAAAACUUUUACAGUUUCUCUAGAAAGAACAGAAUCUCCUCAAUUGAAGGAAGUGGCUUUUAUGAAUCUUGACUAUUAUGUGGCUGCUUAUUUGCCUGGCCAGUUUCUUCACCUCCUGAAUAUUCAGCAUCCUGACCUGCUGUGCCAUAGUUUGUUUCUGACAGGAGAGGAUGCAAGACUUGAUGUGUUGCAGAACUGCUCCAUCCAAUCCCCGCUCAUGUCAACAGUCUUGGAUUGCCAACUAGGAAGCAUGUACACAGUGAGCAUCAGUGACAAGGCUGUGCUGCAGUUCCUGCAGAACAGCAAACACGACAGUGAGAGACUGGCAGCUCUACAUUGUGCUCUGUUGUACUUCCAACACACAGAAGACUUGGAAAUGCAGAUGAUUUGGUGGAUUUCUGAGAACCUGUCAACAUGUCAUUCUUUUGACCCCAUUCAAGAAUUUAUCAUCGCCUCCCUGUACUGCGGAAUGUGUCCAGAAACUCGCAACCUGGAUAAACUUUUGCCCUACACAUCACUGCUUGACUGGAUUGGGAUUAUCCCCAGAAUAACAUGUGCAACAGACAUUAUUACUCUGCCUGUGUUAGAGCUCCAAAACUCAAAAGGCUUCUGGGAGAAACUCAGUUCAAACUUGGAGACUGUGAAGUAUGCAGAGCCACACUUGCAUUACCACAAUAACGUGCUCAGGAGCGAAUGGCGCAACCUUUCAGAAGAGAGAGAAGAGAGAAGAACCACAGUGUAUUUGAGGAAUAUUUUUGAAAAUGCCAAAAAGGUGCUUUCUCAUCUGGACACUUGGGACUCUGACGAAAGGCUAGUACCUCUCUUUCAAGAGGAAGAUUAUCAGCAGCAGUUGCUAAUGGGACUGAUGGUUGCUCAGCUAAAGGAUCACCUUAUGAGACAUUUACAAUAUGUAGGAAAAAAGAAGAUUGACCAAAUAGUUUUGGAUUACGUUGCAAACCUGCUGAAUCUGGUACAUCGAAUAAUGAAAGAAGUUUGGAGGCGAUACCAGCUUCAUUCCUGCAUCUUCUGCUUUGAUGAGAGAGGAAGUGCAGGAGAGUUUGCAGUGUUCCACAUCAUGAGUCGGAUUUUGGAAGCUGCAAAUGGCAUGUGCAUGCCUCUACCUCCUGGCUUCCACACUCUGCACUUGGGGCUCGGUGUUCGAUGUCUCCCUCUGCACACCCUCCUGCACUAUAUUGAUAAUGGAGUCUUGCAUUUGACAGAAACGUGUGUCAGGAAAUUGCUGAAAGAUCUGGAUGACACUGAGAAGAAUGAAAAGCUGAAGUUCAGUAUUGUCAUGAGGCUUCCUGAGGCUCUUGGUCAAAAGGUCCGCCAGUUUUGGAAUCAUCCAAUGAAUGCGAAUUUCAUUGCACGGAAAUAUGUGAAACUUCUGCUUGAGAAGCUGGGGAACAGGCAGUGUAGCAGACCUACUCCUGAGAGACUCUCGGUCCCUGUAGAGUUUUUGCCACUUAACUACCUGACUAAUAUGCUGGCAGAGAUAGAGAAUCAAGGUGUGCAUCCAUAUGAAAAACAAGAUCAUGUUAACGUAAGAUUUGUCGAAGAAACAGCACUCAAACACACCAUGAUGCUUUUGGGCUUCAAAUAUUCCUGAAAUAGCAUGCUGCUGAAGAAAGCUAACUGUGGUGCUCUUACAUAAAAAACUCAUGCAGAAGCAUGCAGCCAACUUUUUUUAAAAUGUUUGUUUUAAACUUAAAUGACAGUUUUGUGUAGUCACCAUUACUGACAUAAGCUACUCAAAGUAUUGCUUGGUGCAACCUAUUAAGGCUGAAAUCACUGACUUCUAGAAAAAUUCAUUUGACACAAACCCAGGUUUCCAAUGAAAGGUAACUGUGGUUUCAUUGAUUCAUGUUGAAGUGGUCAAGUAGGUGGAACUACAGCAAGUAUCAAAACACACUGUGAAAAUUGGUAUUAAUGUCAGUUAUUCUAAGAAGAUGGACAUUGCUGAAAAGUUGUAUUGUACAGUAACAGGAAACCUGUAACUGUUUACUCAUUUAGAUUAAUAAAAGGAUUUUUUUGAUAUAUCUAUGUAAAGCAGUUAAGAAUAUCAAAUUAUGAAUCAGUCUCUGUAUAUAAUACAUCAGUAAUCAUUUAUUCAUUCCUUGUGGUGGUCAUGUGCUAUUUUAUGGUUCUCCUGCCUUUCGAGUUAGAAUCUAAUGUAUUCAAUUUCACAGAAUCACAGAAGAGUCAUGGUUGGAAAGGACCUCUGAGAUCACUGAGUCCAACCACCAUAAAAAAAAAUCCAACAAAAAGCCAACCAACCAACCAACAAAAAAACCCAGAACACACCCACACAACAAAACCCCAAGCAAACACAAACACCACCGAAAAACACCUACAGAAAAAAACCCACAACAGCCUACAGUCUUGUCCACUAGAUCAUGCUCUGAAGUGCCACAUUUACACAUUUCUUGAAUACCUCCAAGGAUGGUGACUCCACCACCUCCCUGGGCAGACUGUUCCACUGCCUGAGCACUCUUUCAGUAAAGAAGUUCUUCCUAAUAUCCAGUUUAAACCUUUGCUGCUGCAAUUUCAGACCAUUUCCUCUGGACCUGUUAUUAUUCACUUGGGAGAUGAGGCCAACACCCACUCCUCUACAACCUCCUUUCAGGUAGUUCUGUAAUUAGUGCAAAAUAUAAUCCUAAGGUCUAUGCAGUGGGGUUUUGUUUGUUUGUUUGUUUUAAUAUAAGUAUUAUAUAUUCUAAGCAAUAUAGGAUAAGAAAAAAGUUCUUUAGAAAUUUAUCUUAAUGGUGACAGUGUUUUACUUAAUUCUUUCCUUGAAACUUUUAGUGUUACAGUUCAAACCUCAGCUUCAAAAAUAAAUUAUGGAGGUUGCUUUUC